CUAUGGUGGGGAUGAGCGUACUACGGUCGGCUGCUACAUUAGCAGCCCGACUUAAUCCACUUGGACGACCAAAUCAUCAAGCAAAUUUGCUUGCAAGGGCUGUUUUACGCUCAGAGCAAGUGACAGUCCGUUACGGGAGCCAUGGAAAAAGGAUGUUCGUGAUCAAGCCGACUGAUUUCUACGAUAGGAGAUUCCUCCAUUUAUUGAAAUACUACAUUCUCCUGACUGGGAUUCCAGUUGCAGCGCUUGUGACCUUUGUGAACGUGUUUAUUGGUGAAGCAGAAUUGGCUGAAAUCCCAGAGGGCUACGUACCAGAGCAUUGGGAAUAUCACAAGCACCCCAUCACUCGAUGGAUUUCACGCACAUUUUAUGACAGCCCAGUAAAAGACUAUGAGAAGAUGAUGGCUCUUAUCCAUACUGAGGCUGAAAAGGCAGAGAUGAGGCUAAAACAGCUGGAGGUACGCAGACAUAUGCGACAAAAGGGAGAUGGACCAUGGUUCCACGCCGAGACUAUGGACAAGAACCUCAUUGAUCAGAGUCUCAAGGCCACGCCUGAUAACUGAGCCUGUGUAGGCCAGCCGUCUGUUGUAUCUAUAACAAACUUCACUCUCAGUAAUGUACGUUGAUAUCCCUGCAUAUAUAUUUGUCAAUAAAGUAUGUGUUUAAAAUUUAA